CUAUUUCUCUACCCGGUCAAAUCUUUACUUCCGGUUGAGGUCAGUUACGCAGAACUGACCUCGGAAGGACUCCGGUUUGAUCGUCAGUACAUCUUGGUAAAGACGCCGCCUCAGCCGGCUGCAUCGGAUGCGUCCGAGAGCGAACCCAGGUUAGCUGAGCAUCUGGCCAUCAAACGGAUUUUCCUACUAGCUUUGUUCCAACCUUCCAUCCAUGAUGGCUGGUCAAAGCUUACCAUUCGACACACAUUAGCUCGGCCUGAAUCCUCCAUCACACUCCCACUCACACCGUCACCCGCACUUUGCGCGAACGCCUCCAAGUUUAAAGUGAGCAUAUUUGGGACCUCCGCUAUAGCUAUUGAUAUGGGCGAGAUGCCCGCGUCCUUCUUCCGCAAACACCUUGGCAUGGAUGUGCGCCUCUGUUUUAUUGGUGGGAACGGCAAACGUAUGUUGCCUGGUGUCGCUUUUGGAUCUAGGAUAGCCACUGCAAAUAUUCUGCCACCUGGUUCCCCGUUACUUGAUGAAAGAGUGCAAGCUCAGAGGACUCGUUUUGCCGAUGCCGCACCGUAUCUCAUUACCUCUUCAGCAUCCGAAGAAGAUGUAAGGUCUCGUCUUCCGGUCGAGAAUCAGGCCGAGGAUGUGAUAAUUCGAUUGCGGCCCAACAUUCAUAUCGGUGUCGAUGACUCCACACCUCCGUAUGAUGAAGAUGACUGGGACACAAUUCUCGUUUACGAUGGUGAUCCAAAGGCAAGAGAGGCUCAACCGAAGGCGACUAUCGUAUGCAUUUUUCGGACGGCCCGGUGCCUCAGCCUCAAUGCUGACCUUAAAACUGGAAUGGUGGCACCAAGACAACGGCAAUUGUAUGGACUUUUGGCCAAAGAUCGUCGAGUAAAUCCUUUGUAUCCACACAAGCCAGUUUUUGGCCAAUAUGCCUACAGUACCUCAGUUGGACAAACUCUGCGAGUUGGAGAUGCAGUUAGAGUCAACCGCAGAAAUGGCUCAACUUGA